AUGGCAAUAUUUCGAUUUGGAUUUCAUCUUUUAUUAUUUAUCUAUUGUUUUGUUGCAAUAGCAUCAUAUAAAAUUGAUCACCAUUUGCAUGAAGAUAGAAAUGGACGGGCUGUAACUGAAUGGCGUUUUCGACGUAAUUUUUUACAAGUAUUACCCUUUUUUGAUUCAAAUUAUGCGAAUGAUGAUUUGGUUGAAAAAGAUAUGAUGGAUAAUGAUAAUGCAUAUGAAGUAAAAGCAUAUGACAAGCAAUAUCUUCCUAAUUUACCAUAUGAUCGAAUUAUUGAAUGA